AUGGCGCACGGCUUGACCUUGAGAUACGUGGGCGUUGGUGCUGUCUUGUUUGCCCUCCUUUUGUUUUAUUUCCUGCAAGCAUCAGCGAGUGUUCCUACUCCAGUUGGAUCAAAAGAACUCUACGCUUUCUACGGACUUCAGUAUCCACAUGAUGGUGCAGUUGAACAACCCGUAGAGCUGGAACCGCCCACAGCCAAUCCGGAUUCUGUACCAGGUCCUCAGUUGCCAGCAGAAGCUCUUGCUCUCCCUCCUCAACCAGAGAAUCCGUCGAUACCACAGCAACCGGCCUUGAACACACCAGCGUUACCGAUCGAUGCUUUGGGGCAAAUAAACGACAUUUUAACAGAAGCGCAAUGCAGUGAAGCGUUUCCAGAUCUGUACGAUCCAAUCGAUCAGUCCAUUGGUCAUUGGUUUCUUAGCCAGCAUAGGAUCACUUCCGAAGACGUUGACAUAUCAUGGCGAUCAGAUCCGAGUCUACAUAUGCCUGGGGGCGCAGUUCGAUUUAUGAUUCACAAGAACGAAAUGAGAAUAUUGGAGACGAGAGGUGCUAUUGGUGCCAUGGGAUAUCACGAUCGAGUAACUGGUAUCUUGAACUUGAUUCAGCGCGCGCUCAAUUCUGCUACUGCCGGUGGGGAGACUUUGCCAACCAUUGAGGCUUCCUUUGUAGUACAGGACAUCGCAGACCCUCCAACACCGGACGGCACCCAUUCCUUCUGGACGAUGACUGCCAACAAGGACAACGUGACCCACGAGCGUCUCUGGCUAUUCCCCAACCACGACUUCUGGGGCGACGCGGUCUGGGGAAGCUAUGACGACGCUCGACGAAAAGCCAAAGACCAGGACGGCGCUUUUAUCGACAAGAUUCCUUCGGCAGUAUGGCGUGGAAAUCCCUUCUGGAACAUGGAACUGCGGCAGCCCAUGAUCGACAUUGCGAAAGAUCAACCCUGGGCGGAUGUCAUACCUUUGAAAGCCGAUCAGAAGGAGAACACUUUACUAGCAUCCGAAUACUGCAAAUAUGCAAUGACCAUUCAUACAGAAGGUGUCAGCUAUUCCGGACGACUUACCCAGCUUCUACUAUGCGACUCCCUCCCAAUCGUGCACGACCUGGAAUGGAGGACGCAUUACACUCAUCUUCUAAAAGACCACGGUCCGGAUCAGAAUUAUGCUUCUGUCAGGAGAGAUUGGUCGGAUCUGGAAUUCGUGACGAAGUAUUAUCUCCAACACCCUGAUGAGGCUGAGAAGGUCAUCGCCAACACCGUGGCGACUUUCAGGAAUAAGUAUCUGACUCGCGCGGCUACGUCUUGCUAUAUUCGAAAAUUGAUCAAGGGGUAUGGUUCUGUGGCUUUUGAGCCGCGGGUUGCACGACGGAGAACUCAAGGCGGCGUGAGAAGAUUGAGGGGGAUGGCGUAUGAGGCUUUUCAGCAGUUUAUGUUGCGUGAUUAUGAGGGUGACGAGGAGGAUAGAGAGGAUUCUUAG